AUGGACGAAACACCCCGUCCCGUCAGCGAUAGGUACACCUUGAGCCUGGAUCAGAGCUUGCGAGAACUCCAAGAGAAGAUUGAGCAAUACCGGGAAGAGCUUGCCGCACUUCAACGAAAUGCCAACUCAAGCCAGAAUGUUCCUGGACCAGGAAAAGAACCUUAUGAAGUCAUGAGAGGCGCUUUCGAGCAAGUUGCCAGCACGCCUCCCUUCGUACCUUUCUCGGAAUCCGUUCUACCCGCGCUACUUGCCCUGCGAACGACUCAUCAGACCGUUGUUGAGUCCCAAGACUAUCUGACGAGUCAAGGAGCCACUUUCGAUCAGACCAAACGCAGGCUCGAAGUUGAGCAGGCGAAUUUGUCUGACCAGAAAACCCUCCAGCAGAGUUUGGAGAAGCGAGUUCUGUUUCUCAAAGACGAGGCCGAAUCUAGGAUGGAAUUGACGCCUGAACAGGCAGCCAAGAAAAGACUGGACGAACUGAGGCAAAAGAAGAAGCGUUACGACAAGGAGACAACCAAGCUACUCAAAGCUUUGAGAAACUUCAUUGACGGUCACCUGGGAGGUCAACUAGCUGCGGAAGACCUCGGCGGACCUGUCGUGGGCGACAUGAUGGAAAUUGAUUCGGAUCAACUCGGUGCUGGUUUCAACGCCCAGGGCCGACCUGUCAAAGUCAAAUCCAAUGUGGACGAUGAUAAACGACAACGACGCCUCGAGGAAGUUUGGGGUUUAUCCCAAGAGGAUGCCGGCCGCGGAAAAGGCAAUACGGACGAGGCAGCGGCUGCUGGUCGCGAGAUGCGCGAUCUUACAGAACAGCUUCUGAAUCAACAUGCUGAAGCAGCUGGCGAUAGCACUGCGGCGUACGUUAAGCUCUCAAAGGAAACAGCAGCGGCGCGAUUCCUCGUCAGGUCCAAGGUCGCGCAGUUCCAUCCUAGGGACGCGACUAGGCUCAAGCUCAUUGAUUUUGGAAGAGAGCUGGACGACUAG